CGUUGCUCUGUUCGCGACCGCGACCAUACAAUAGAGACUUGACUCUGAGAGUUCUUCGCAUUCUAGAGAGACUCAGAGAGGUGUUUAGAGAGAGAAGUAGUAAUGGCGAAAAUCGAUCAAAUUGUUGUCUUAUUGAUAUCAUUAGUGAUUAUAUCGUCAUGGGUACCAAUCUCUCAUUGUGCCAAGAAACCAGUUAUGGUUGCUAGGAGAGAGGACAUACCGUAUAUAAAGUGCCAGGUCUGUGAAAAGCUCGCACAACACUUAUAUCUACAAGUACAGACAAAGCAAGAUCAGAUCUCUCCAAAGAAGAUCUCAGAGUACGAAAUCAUUGAAAUAGCGGAGAAUAUUUGCAAUUUGAAGAAGCAGGAAGCAGAUUGGAUUCUAAAAAUUGAUAUAGUAGAACAAGGGGAUAGAUUGGAGCUUGUCGAACAAGACUCGGAAGGACAGUGCAAUUCAGAAUGUAAAACAAUUGAGCGGGCAUGUCAGGAGGUCAUGGGAUAUUCUGAUACUGAUGUUGCGGAAUAUUUAUAUAAAAACAAGCCUCAGAAAGAUUCAUUGGUGAAUUACCUUUGCAAUGACCUCACUAAAGCAUGCAGUACCAAGCCACCACCAGUUCCUAAGGAUAGGAGUCCAGGGGAGGCUUUUGUUCCGAAGUCAGCCAAAGAGGCUGAAAUGGAAAAGAUAAUGAAAUCCAUGGAGGGUAUGCCAGGAGCACCUGGCAUGCAGAUGUACUCGAGGGAAGAUUUGAUGAAUCAAAACUUCGGUGGUGAAGAUGCAGAUGACGAAGAUGAGGAUGAGGAGCACUUCCCCUCUAAAUUGGGAAAGGUUCUGAGAGAUAAAGAAAGUACGAAGAUCGACUGGAAAGAGAAGAUCACAAGAGGAAUUCAAGACACGGGGAAGCAACUAAAAAUACAUGCUGACACAGCGGCCCACAGGAUUCGGCAGUGGUGGGGAGGAAAGAAAGCAGGUUCGAAGAAGAAUUCGAAAUCCAGUAAGCCAGAGCUUUAAGGAUGAUACAUUGUGGAAAGAGCAGAAGCCUUGUCUUUCCUUUUCCCUUUUUUUUUUUUUUUUUAAAGAGGUAGUAUUUGUUUGGAAUUUCUAAAUCUGAUAAAUUGUUAGUUUUAUAGCCCUUGAGUUGAAAUUGUAGCGAGUCACCGAGACUAUUGUCAUGUUUAGGGAAUUUUGGACAAUUCAUGAUUUCAUCUAAGGGGCUGCUUCUCCCCCAAGAAUAGUGAAUUACAAUUGCUGAUGCUCUGAAUUUAUUAGGAGGAUUUUGCUAAUACCA